GGUCACGUCUUUUCCUUUUUUUGUUUAUGUCCGCAACACUGAAAUAAAUUUGGGAACAGGAUUGACGAUAAACGCGAUAGAAACAAGAGAACGAGCGACACAAAAGGUUUAACACUGCCGCUCCUUCUUGUCCCCCCCAAAAAAAGCUCUUUUCCUUUCGAUUCGGACGACGGCAGACGCGAUGGCGGAGAGCGAGGAGGACAACCUCAACAUUCUGACCUCGUGGGCACCCAAAGCCUACCAAUGCUUCGCCGCCGAAUUUGAUGAAUUGGAACAACUGAAACGGCAGUAUGAGGAAACGGCCAGUGGGACACAGCAUGAGUUGGAGGCGCAAUGCCGUGCCGAGGUAGAUAUGCAAAUCCAAAGGGAGUACCCGGACGUGUACCCCCUUCUUUCGGGCAUCUCCUCCACGCCGUGGCCUGUCACGGCCACCCCCACUUCGCCUCCCCUUGCGCCAACGUCCUCUGCGGGCGGCAGCUCCGUCAAGCGGCAAAAGGGCAAACAGGUUCAGCAGCAGCUCCAGGCGGAGGUGGCGAUGGUCACCGCCAGGCGCGAAGCUCUCCUUCAUCAACACAUUCAAUCCGCCAUCGUCGCACAGGACCGUCAGCCAGCUCGACAACUCGCGGCGCGCUACUCAAGCGAGCUUGCCACGACGCAGAAGCACGUGAAAGCGUUCUUAGAGAAGGAGGCGCACGAACUGCAGCGCUUCACGAGUCGCCCGCUCGCCUCCUACGCGCUGGGCGAGGUGCUGGACGCGCCGCCCGUGCCCCCAAAGGCGGUGGUGGCACCAACAGCGUCCGCGGCAGUACUCGCCACCUCGUCCUCGCUGUCGAAUGCGAAGCGAUCGCGUGCCGCUUCCAUUAGCCGGGCAGCGUCGGAGCGUGGCAGCGCCCGCUCGUCACGCACCAAAAAUUCAGCCGCACGCCCUGCCGCACGCAGCGGGAAAGGUGGCAGGGCAGGGACGCGGUCCCGCACGCACAGCAUGGCGGAGCGCAAGCAGGAGGCUGCGGUGGAGACGGACGAGAAAGGCGAGCAGGACACCACAACUGCUGCGGAAAUACCGGCUUUUCUCAUUGACGCGCAUCAAUUCGCGGUGGACUACAACGAGAUGCUGAAGAAGGAAUACGGCUACCGGCCUGCCAUGACAAACACGUUUCCCUGCGCGGCGGACGCCAACAAACCAACGGCUGCAAGCAAUGACGGUGAAGGCAACGCGCACGAGGCGGCUGGUGCCGCUGCGUCUGCGUCUCCAGUAAUCGGCGCCACGAAACCUUCGCAGCAGGAGAAGCUUCGCACGCACGUGCCCGGGAAGACCACCAAGCGUGCCGUGCAAAGUGGAGCCGCUGCUGGUGAGGAUGACAACGGAAGCUGGUGGCUACCACCUAUCCACGCAGCGUCGCAGCAAGGCUUCACAGCAGACAGCGCAGCUCUGCGCUCCGCACGCGACGCACCUGCACCGAAAAUGAAAGACGUGGAGGCGGUGGAGGAGACGAAUCAACGCUUCGCGCACUCUUCGCCCACACUACGACGGCCAGAGAAGCCCACGGGCACGACAGGCAGCCACAACCACCACCUCCGCCACGACAACCACCGGACGCAACGGACAGACGGCGCCGGUGCGGCAACGAAGACGCCUGCAGCUAAGAUGGGCACCAAGGGUGGCGGCUUCGCUUCGCCGGUCGCGAGCCUACUCGACGGAAUCGACUGCGUUGCGAAGGAGAAGGGCUUGCGCUUCUCCAGCUACGCCGGCGUGCUCACCCGACAGGUGGUGCGCUUUGUGAACCGAAAUGCGCACCGCACGCGUCUGCGUUUGAAGGCGUCGGCGCAUCCGUGGUUUUCCUAUCGGUGCACACGCAUUGCCCCGGCUGCCGGCAGCGUUGCCACCACGACGGCCGAUGCCGUCCCUCCGGAGACCCCGCUGAACUGCGGCGGGUUUGUGGAGGUGGAGGUCAUCUUCUGUCCUCAGUCGAUUGAGGCGUCCACGGCGGUGGUGGAGUCGGUGCUGGAGAUGGGUGUGGCGCGUGAGAUCAACGACCGCCUCAGCGAGGGGGCGCAAUGGCAGUUUUUGAACAUUUCUGUACACGGCCAGGUGGUGCUUCCGCACUUCGACUGGUGGCGACGGAGCAGCACAGGAGGUGAGAAGGAAAAUGCGUUGGGGAGUGACUCGACAGCGAACGUUUUGGCCCUCAGCGAGGAAGGUGCGCAAAACGGUGCACCGGGCGACUCGUUCGAGUCGGGCACGAUCGUCUCGCACGAUCACCUCCUCUCUUGCGCAACGCCACUCUAUCUAGGCAACGGCGCUGCGGUAGAGUUUGGCGACGUGCUUGUGCUGAGCCGCACGCAGCAAACCCUUCUCCUUGAAAACACCGGCUCAGAAGCGGUGGUACACCUCCUCAGCUCAUCGCCGGAGUUCGCUGUUUCGAUGGCUCCGGAGGUGGCCACCACGCUUCCGUCUUCACUGGCUGUGGCGCUGCAAGUGACGUUCUGCCCCUUGAAGGAGGGCUUGUGCGAAGCUACGCUGACCGUCGCGGUGCGUGCAAGCAGCGACCCGGCGAGCGCAGUUAUCUCCGAGUCCACCGUGGAGCUGCACGGCAUUGGUGUCGUGCCACGGGUUAGCAUCACCUCUCUUGCGUCGCAAGUGGUGCAGGAACGCGUGUUGCCGCAGUGGCAGGUGAACAGGACGGAGGCGCCGUUGCACACGAUACUGAGGGACACGGUGCCGGGUGUGCCGUCUGAGGUGACAGUGACGGUGUGCAACGAGUGCGCCGUGCCGCUUGCGUUUCACUGGGAGGGUGACAGCGAUGUGCCGCACAGUGAGGACAGCAGCGAGGAGCCAACGGAGGCCGUCAAAGCAGACUCGCCGGUGCCUGCUGCUGUGGCGGCUGCGUCAACCGCAAGCACGAAUGUGACCACCCUCGCCGCACGGUCUUUUAUGUCGCCUCCCUGUGGCACACUCGCGCCCUUCAGUACGAGCACUUUCGUCCUCACCGUCACUCCGGCCACGCUGCAGCCUCUGCAGACCUUGUACAACCUAUUCCUGGACGACAUGCCCGACCCUGCCGCUGCGGAGAGCACGGAAAAGCUGCCGUUUGUAGAUGCCGAAGUGGUCGAGUUUUACCGUCGUAGCCGACUCAUUCCGUGCACCGCGCAGCAGCAACAAGAUAAGGCGCCCUCAUCCAUCUUCGACCAUAAUGCCAACUUGGAGGACGACCCUGCACACUUCGACGCGCAGCAGGUGACGUACCUCGACCCUGUCACAGCGUUUUCUCGCUUUCAACGGUCUGCAGCCGAGAACGCAGGCGGCGUCGCAGCGAGGACACCCCGCGGUGUCUUUGCCACCAGUUUUCUCACCUACCAACAGCCGUCCCUGCCCUCGCUGACCAUCACGCCUGCCGUGAUCGAAGAACGCGUGGAGUGUCUCUUGACGUGCCGCCACACGCGCACGGUCACGAUGCACAACAACGCACCGGUAGCGCUGCACUUUAUUCUGGACCCCACCGAGGCGGAGUUCACAACCUCGCUGCAGCAACCGUCGUUCUUGUCGAAUCUGUACGGCUCCUGCGGUGCAGCUCCGCUGCUGGCCCCCACGGCAACGACGUUUGAGCGCUGGCGCGGCUGCUUCCCCGCGAGCGACGGUAUCAGUGCGCAGUGCCAGCCCCGCAAAGGCACCAUCCCCCCUCACGGCAGCAUCAACAUCACGGUGCACUUCACCGUCGAGGCGUGCGGGCCGCACUACGCGGUGGUCCCGUGCUGGGUGCCCGCCGCGGAGCAGCUGCGCGCCGUCCUCGCCACUGCCGGCCCCGCGGUGCGAACGGCGUCUGCGUCGUGUCGGCCGUCGUUGCCGACGCACCCCGGCAGCGGCAGCAAGGGUCAGCACCCGCAGCCGGGCCCCGCCGGGCCUCCGCCGACCGGUCGAGGGCGGCCGAUAUCGCCUGUUGCUCUGCAGCUCACGCCGGAAGACGCGUCGCUUGGAAAUUACCGUCUCAGCGAGCGACGACAGCCGUCUCGGCUCGGUUCCGGCAGCGUCGGCCACACCGUCACGACGGUGUCUCGCAGUCCUGCGGAGGAGGCGCUGCGCGUCAUCGAGGAUGGCGGCUGCUACGCGGUUAGCGUCACCGCGACCGGCGUGGGCGCCACCGUGAAGGCGAGCACCGACUUGUUAGACUUUGGCCUCAUCGAGCUCGGCCAGGAAGCCGCUGCGUCGUUUACCGUGUCCAACCCCAACUCCAUCCCCGUCGUGUUCGACCUGUGCGAUCCGCUCAUGCGACACCCCCCACGCUUCGUCUUCAUUCCAGAGUCGUUCCGCCUCGGUGCGGGCAACACGGUGGAGGUGACGGUGUAUCGCAAGGCCGUCUCCACCGAAGAUGCGCAGACCUUUUUUGAGCUGACGGUACGAGACGGCGGUGCCUCCAUCGCUGUGGAGACGCGCGCCACUGUGCAGCAGCCGCUACUGGUCGUGGACGCGCCGGUGGUGCAGUUUGGUGUGGUGCCGGAAAAUGUGUGGCAGACGGGCACCUUCCACGUGUCCAACCGCUCCGCCAUUGACACGGAGUUCACGGUGACGCCGGCGACACCGCUGCCGCCGUAUAUCGAGGUGGAGUACGAGAAGGACGUUGUGCUGCGUGCGGGGGAGCAGCUGGAUGUGCCCGUGCGGUGCCGCUUUCAAGCAGUUCGAGCGUCGUUGCCGCCCACCUCGUCGACCCGUCGCGUCAGCAGAGAUAAGAAAGUCGACGGCGAUGGGGCGUUUGCCUCUCCACACGAGGCGCUCCCCUCGAAGCACAAACAAGCCGCGGACAACUGCUAUUCCAUCCUGCUCCGACUCGUCUCGAAGCGUAGCCGGCAGACGCUGCUGGUGGAGGUGCGGUGCGACGCCGUGGAGAAGCUUUCCGUGUCGGUGGACGUUGCGACGGACGGCGUGCAGGACGGCGAAGCAGCAUUACCAUCCACCUCUGCCGCGGCGUACAUCCGCGCCGUGUUGAUGAACGGACUCGAGGCAGCCCUCCUCGCACUCGAUCAAAACGAGGCGCAGGCAACACACGCCGACAUUGCUGCAGUGGCCACGGCACCUCCACCGGCUACCGCUGCGGCAAUCCCUUACUGCGAUCCUGUGCACCUUGUGGACUACAUGCCGGACGACCUCCCCUUGUCACGUCGCACCGUCCACCUUGUUUUGCAGAGCUACACGGGCGGAGAGGCGGCGUUCACGGUGGCGGCCCAGCGCUACGCACCGCAGUCGAUCGAAAACAUCGGUGCCCAGCACAUUCUCGACAAGAGGGCGUCGGUAAACGCAGCCGCCGCUGCAACGACCAGCAAGAAAGAUGCGAAGGAGGCGAAGGGGGACGACGACGAUGCCGACAACGCCUUCGCUGCUGCGGACUGCACAAGCGCCUUUGCAGAGGACGAGACGGCGGUUUCGCCGCCCGCCUUCUGGACGACGACGGUGAACGGCGGCGCCACGGUGCAGCAGGCGCAGCGGCAAAUCAUGGAGGCGACGCAGAAGGUCCUGGGCGACGGCGCUGGAUGCGUGACGUUGCUGUCUUCCGCAGCGGGGGUUUUGCGGUCUCAUGGCGUUGUACACAUUCCGGUCCAUCUGUGGUGCGCGCUGCCCGGCCGGUAUGUGGAGCACUUGUGCGUGCAGGCGGAUCCCACGCUCCCCCUCCUACGCAUCCCCGUUGAGUAUGAGGUGUACGGCAAGCCGAUUGUGCUGGAUGCUACCACCUCCGGCCUCACCAAGGAGGGUGGUCGUGGAGGGGAGGACGUGCUGCUGAUGCCGCCUGUGAUCGCCCCGCUCGGGUCUUCGCGGCGCACCAUUCGGCUUAUCAACCGCGUCUCGCGAGAUAUGGAUGUCACGGUGGAGAUCUUUCCCUGUCCGCUUGGCAUGUCCGUGCAUGCCGUGGACCCGGACGCUCCGGCGGACAAGGUAGAGCUGAAGCUGGUCACCAUGACGGCGGAGGACAAGGAUAGGGAGAAGAGCCGCAUUGGCCAGGUGACGGCCACACCGUUCAAGCUAUGCAUACCGGCCCAUGCGAGGCGCGAAGUGGUGUUGGAGUUCACGCCGGCCGCCGUGCUUACAGAGGGGGAGGCCACAAACGACGGGGCUGCAGCGAGCAAAAGGGAUGCACGCAUAAAGAAAACGAUCCCGGCAGCCGGACACCGGCGUAGUGACGGCAGGAACGAAAGCGACAGCGGCAGCGACGAGGAGGCGAUGCUGCUGCCGGAAGAGAAGUGGUGGCACGGCAGCGUGUGCAUCGAUGCCGUGUUGGCGCACACCGAUUCGAACGAUGUCUUUCUGGUGGAUGAGUUCUACACCAUCUACGCUGACCGCUACCCAUCGCGGCGCGUGGCGCGUCCGAUGACAAGUGCGCCGGCGGGGUCGGGGAAUUCGAAUUCGACGGCUUUGCGGCAACGCAGGUGCGGGUGCUGCGACCGCUGCGCUCGCGUCCGAAUGACCGGGUGGUGCGGCGCGGCCGCAUUGUUUGGCCCACCGAGGCAGAACAGCGCGUUCUUGACCGCUUCGCAGCCACGGCGGCGACGUCGAUGCAGUUGGCGGAGGGGAGCGCAAAAGCAACAGGAGCGACAGCGGGCGGUGGCGCGACAGCGUCCAGCGAUGACGACAACGAUGACGCCCACGGCAACCCGCUGA